CGGAGGCUCGGCGGCGGCUGUCACGCAGAAGCACGCGUUGUGGUUCGUCGUUUGCUGUGUAUAGAUAGAUGAUUAGUUAAUUUUUCUUACACGUUAGUUAAACGUUCGACGGAGUAACAGGCGACGGUGAUCAAUAGUCUCUAUCGCGAAUGAGACAACACGUUAUGGAGCAGAAUAAGAACAUACCGUAUUCGGAGACCGGUGAAAAGGAGGAAGACGAGAUACUGUUGGAACCGUUUAGUUAUAUACUACAGGUGCCUGGAAAACAGAUCAGGGCCAAGCUAGCCCAGGCUUUCAAUUACUGGUUAAAAAUACCGAACACUAAACUACACUCUGUCGGCAAUAUUAUACAAAUGCUACACACUUCCAGCCUCUUAAUCGAUGAUAUUCAAGAUAAUUCAGUUCUGAGACGAGGAAUCCCUGUAGCUCAUAAUAUUUACGGUACAGCGAGCACGAUCAACUCUGCGAAUUACGUGAUGUUUAUCGCUCUGGAAAGGAUACUCGCCUUGGAUCAGCCAGAGGCUACGCAAGUGUACGUAGAACAGUUGUUAGAGCUUCACAGAGGUCAGGGAAUGGAGAUUUAUUGGAGGGACAAUUAUAUUUGUCCAUCCGAAACGGCGUACAGACAGAUGACGAUUAGAAAAACAGGCGGACUGUUCAAUUUAGCCGUCAGGCUGAUGCAAUUGUUUUCUGAAUGCAAGGAAGACUUCACACCCUUAGCCGGCAUCUUAGGAUUGUAUUUUCAAAUUCGCGACGACUUUUGUAAUUUAUGUCUCCAAGAGUACGCAGAAAAUAAAAGUUACUGCGAGGAUUUGUCUGAAGGGAAAUUCAGCUUCCCUAUUAUACACGCUAUACAAAGCCAUCCCGAGGACAGACAGAUAAUGAAUAUUCUCAGGCAGCGCACUAAAGAUAUCGAAGUGAAACGAUAUUGCGUAAACUUGUUAGAAAAGUUCGGCUCGUUUGCUUACACGAGAGCCACGCUCGAAGAACUGGAUAAGAAAGCUAGGGACGAGGUCCAACGAUUAGGAGGGAAUCCAUUGUUGCUCCAAGUUCUGGACGACCUGAUGAGCUGGAAGCAUCAGGAUGCUCAUCUACCGUGUAGAAAAGGUGCUGUUUAAAUUUUCUUUAUAUCCCUUUGAACUCGUAUGUAUAUACAGGAUACUACGCGGAAUAUAGAAAUUGUACUUUCCAAAUAGUUUCGAUGAACUAUCCGCCUAGUUUCUAUCCCUCAGUAUCUAUUCCGACGUUUUACGAAAGCCAUAGGAAAACUUAUUGAAUUUCACAGAAAAUGCAUUUUUAAUUCUAUUAAAGAUUCGUGAUACUUCGAACUGAUAAGAAAACUUGUUAUGUAACUUUGAAUGCAUGUUAUUUACAUUAGAAUUGUUAUCAGUCGUUAUAUUUGUAUAUCUACAUUCAUUUGUAACAUCUAGCUUUUGUAGCUGCUAUCUUUCCGUUCAUGAUAAAGCAUUGCCACGUGUAAAAAUUGAAAAAACGUGAAGAAGCAUUUUUUAGUUGUUAAUUGCGAAGUUAUUAUACGAAACAAAUUAUUCAGAAUCGGAAAGUAGCUUUUGAAUAUGUACGUAUUAUUAACUCUUGAAAACUAAUCUCGUCGUGUGAUUUAGAACGUUUUUCAGGAAUGGUACUAACGUAGACUGUUAAUCUAGAUGAACAGGAAGCUUAGUAACUUUGGAAGGAUUCUUAGUUGAUUUUUUCAUAUAUAUUUUGUAACAAAUAAUAUCGAUUUUGAUCGUGUAACGUCGAUAGAAUAAGUAUAUCUCGAUGAUUACAAACGUAUCUCAGAAAGUUAAUCGAAGCAAUUAUAAAUCAGUUUCUCUAGACGGCCUUCAUUCCUAUGAUGGAUUGCUUUUUUCAUUUUCUUACCUCUAGAAUAAUAGAAAACGGAUAGCUUCGUUUCAGAACGAAAUACUAAGAAAAAGAAUCGCGGGAAAUCGUUCAGCGAUUUUACGAAAUUUGACCGACAAAACUGCCAUACGCGUACAAUAAUUUAAUUAGUACAUUGUAUAAUGGUAUUACUUACAGUUAGCGUCGUGACUUUACUACUUACGUAUUUGUACAUCGUGCGAUCAUACGCUGUACGAAUUGAUAAUGUGAUAUAACGUGUGUAUUACUACAUUAUUAUGUAAAACCGUUUGUAAUAAAUAAAUAUACCUUCAUUGAAUCAAAGUAA